AUGAUUAAAUUUCAAAAUCAGCCACUCAAUUAUGAUGUUAACGGAUAUCCAUAGCCUAAAUACCAAUAGAUGCCUCCAAAAUAACAAAAAUAAAUGUCUAAUUAAGGGUGCUUCCAAGAAACCUUUGGAUAACAAUAAUAUUAUGGCAGAUAAAUGAUUCCACAAUAAUAGGACUCUAAAAACUAUCAAUAGCCUCAGUAGCACCAAUAAUAGCAAUCACAAAAUUACUAGAACUAUCCUUAAAAAUAAUAAUAUCCAAAUAUGCAAUAAUAAUAAUAAUAUUAACAGUCAUAAUAAUAAUAAUAACCUCAAUAAAAGACAGACCCAAGGUACUAGAAUGUUUAAUUCACAGCCAAAGAAUUCAAUCAAUUAUUCUAUAAAUAAUAAUAACAAUAACAAUAACAAUAACAAUAACAAUAACAAUAACAAUAACAAUAACAAUAACAAUAACAAUAACAAUAACAAUAACAAUAACAAUAACAAUAAGCCCAAUAAACUAAUUAAAACAAACCAAAUGAAAACCAAGAAGAAAACAAGUAUGCUUAACCUUAAAAAGCCAAUGGUAAUGAAAGAUAGAUAUCUACUUACUCAUAAAACCAAUAAUAGUUACUAUAAUAAAAGUAAGUUGGGGCACCAGGUAGAAUGCAAUCAGCAGAUCCUGUCUAAGCCUAAAAUAGAAAUGCAGCUCCAUUGACUAAUAUUCAAAAUUAGCAAACAACCAAAACUAGUUAAUAUAUAAGUAAUGGAGGUAUUAAUAAGACCUAAAAUGAUUACUCUUAAAGAUAAGCCACACCAAUGAAGGAUCAAAUGAAAUUCAUGAAUCAAAAGCAAGCUCCAGAACAAAUUAACCAGUAAUUGAUGUAUUCACCUAUGCCAAAGAGCCAAUUGCUUAAUGAAACAACGAAUUUAGCAAAAUUAUAACAACAAUAAUUACAAUAAAAUAAGUCUCCUUAGAUUUAGAAAGUUGGAGGAUCUGGAAUGGGUCCUGCUAUUUCUUAACCUACUAAUGCUUAACAAAUUGUUGAAGAAUUAGCCAAGGAAAAAGAAAGACAUUCAUUGUUGACUGCUAAAUUAAAAAAAUUGGAGUAAGAGAAAAAAACAUAUAAUACUUAAUUUUUGAAUGAAAUGGAAAGUAAAAUUAAAACACUAAUCUAACAAAAUGACUAACUAUAAAAUCUGAAUAUGGAAUUAUUAUAGAAGGCUUAGGAUUAACCUUAAGGAGAAAUAUAAGAGCUUAAUAAAUAGAUUUCAUAUAACAGCCAACAAUUAGACUUCCUAUAAAAAUAAAUUAACGAGGCCUAAAAGCAAUUAUCUGAGCAAAUGAAAAAAUAUAAGGAGCUAGAAUAACAAUAUUAGGAAAAGAAUUAGGCAGAAGAACAAUAAAUUCAAUAUUUAGUUACUGAUUUGGAAGAGAAAGUUCAUGGUUUGAUUUCUGAAAAUGAACGAUUAAACGCUUUAAUAGCAUAAUAAGAUAGUAACCCAAAAAAAGAAUAAUUAUAGCAAUUAACAAAUGAGAAGAAUAAGCUUGUUUCUAUGACUCAAUAAAGCCAGAAAGAAGUGUAAAAUUGGAAAAGCAAAUAUGAAUAGUUAUAGCAAAAACUCUAGUCAGCAGACAAGUUCUUAGAGCCACAAGGAGAAUAGGUUGAAGCACUUGAAGAGAAGAUUAAAUCAUUGAUAGAGGAAAAUGAUUACUUGAACACAGUAGUUUAAUAAUAAAUUGAAAGAGAGAAUCAAAUAGCAUUAUUGGAAGAAGAAAUGUAAAAUUUAGUUGAACAAAAUGACAAUCUUGAAAUGUUACUACAAAAUAGCACUAAAAAAUGA